GGCCGCAUCCCGUCCUCCACGCUUCACCGUGACAGAGGCUUCGGCUGGGGGUCAUGGAGCUGGAGCUCUCCCCGGGGGGCCCCCAGACUCUCAGAGCUCCGCCCCUGGAUGAGCGGAGGGGCGCCGGCGGCCGGUAGCGGCGGGGACAAACCAGGCAAAGUGAAAUGUUCCCGCAGACUGUGGCUCCUCCUGGGAUCGCUGGCGCUCGUCUUCCUCACCUCGCUGUUCCUGUCCGUGUCGCUGCGCGGCGGCGUCAGCUUCGGCUACCUGGAGCCGCCCGGGUGGGAGGAGUCCAGGCGGGUGAAGCUGGUGCCCAGCUACGUGGGAGCGCACCGGCUGUCGCCCCCCGAAACGCCCCAGCAGAAAACAUGUGCCUGCAACAGCUGCGUCGGAGACCCCGGAGUCUCGGAUUGGUUUGACGAAAACUACGACCCGGAUAUCUCUCCGGUCUGGACCAGGGACAACAUCCAGCUGCCGCCGGACGUCUACUACUGGUGGGUGAUGUUGCAGCCGCAGUUUAAACCCCACAACAUCCAGCAGGUGCUGCUGAGACUUUUCCAGGUGAUUCCCGGACGGUCGCCGUACGGCUCGUGGGAUCCGGGGCGCUGCCUGCGUUGUGCCGUGGUGGGAAACUCCGGAAACCUCCGCGGCACCGGAUAUGGGGCGGCCAUCGACGGGCACGACUACAUCAUGAGGAUAAAUCUGGCCCCCACUGUGGGCUACGAGGACGACGCCGGCAGACGCACCACGCACCACUUCAUGUACCCGGAGAGCGCCAAAAACCUGCCGACCAACGUCAGCUUUGUCCUGGUUCCCUUCAAAACGCUGGACCUGGUCUGGAUCACCAGCGCUCUGUCCACUGGCCAGAUCCGAUUCACUUACGCUCCAGUGAAGCAAUUCCUCCGUGUGGAUAAAGACAAGGUUCAGAUCUUCAAUCCGGCUUUCUUUAAAUACAUCCAUGACCGCUGGACCAGGCAUCACGGCCGGUACCCUUCCACUGGCAUGCUGGUCCUGUUUUUCGCUCUUCACGUCUGCGACGAGGUGAACGUGUUUGGCUUCGGCGCCGACAGCCGAGGAAACUGGCACCACUACUGGGAGCAGAACCGGUACUCCGGAGAGUUCAGGAAGACGGGCGUCCACGAUGCAGACUUCGAAGCUCAGAUCAUCAAGCAGCUGGCCAAGGCCGGAAAAAUCACAGUGUUCACUGGGAAAUGACCAGAAAAACGUCCAUGAAAAUGACGGACGCCAGUUUGGAUUCAAGUUGGAAUAAAAGCAAACUGGGAGAGAGUACAAUUUUACCGAUGGGGUUCGACGAGCGAAACAUUUCCCACUUGGGAGUCGAGACUACAAUGAGCCUGACAGGUAAAAAUCUGUCACCUUUAUUGAGGAAAACAGGAAACCAUGGCGGAACAGCAGGAUGAAUUAGAAAAAUAUUAUUAAGGAUUAUUAAACCCUGACACGAACUAUCUUUCACACCCAUUGUGCAUCUCAGAGGCCGUCGUGUGACUUUGUUUUUCAGCCGUGUGGGAAUAUUUUGCUGACAAAGAGCUGUCCUUUAGAAUCAAGAUCGUCUUUGAUUUGCCUUAAAUUCUCUUUGAGGUGAAACAUCCCUGGCACCGCCACACAGCUGCCGUCGUCAGGUCUUCACAAAGCGGCCGACGGCUCGGUAACCGGCGAUUAGAGCGGCUUUAUCGGAUUCGACUCUCCCUCACGAAGCCCCCCGGCUCUUGUGUUCACAGAAACACGUUCAGGAUUUCAGCUUCUGAAGACUCUGCUGGAGGAGGCCAUCUUGGCGGCGAUCUGAUCCGGUUCAUCAGGGUUUCAUUUGGAAGAUCUUUGCUCAAAUGUUGCUUCCAGACCAGAUUAUGACCCUAAAAAAACCCCGUCGCCUUCAUUGACGACCCAGUCCCGGCUCGGCCCUUCAGGAGGCGGAGCCGGCCAGCGCCUUAGCCUUCGCCUCUGACGGCGUUUGUUUGAUUUCUUAGAUUUACGCUCAAACUGGAUUUUCUUUCCACUUCUUCCGUCGCCAUUGCGUGUGUUACCCAUCAUCAUGAAGAAAACGACAAAAUAAGUAGAUUGGUGUUUGAAUGUCAGGAACCUGAAAGAGAAAUGCGUUUUGAAAUUCCACCAUAAACAUAAAGUUUUGUUUUUAUACAGGCUUCUUUAGGUUUCAGUUUUUAAAAUCAGACACGUUUUAACUGAUAUUACCAACGUAAAUACAAGAAGCAGUUUUGAAAUAAUGUUUUCAUUUAUUAAUGAAAAGAUCUCAUCUGGUUGUAACCGACUGUUUGUGGCAACAACGUCAGGAUUUCGCUUGGCUGCAGAGAAACUUGGGUUUUCAAGCAUGUUGCUAUGGUAAUAAGAUAUGUUUUUUAGUAAAUGUGAGAUAUGUCUUUGAGCUGCGUUUGGUCAGCAGUAGUUUGGGCCUUACAGGUUUUUCACGGAUGCCGUUUUUUCUUUCAUUAGCUGCGUUUCCAUUAAACCUGUAAUGGGAAUUACAUAACUAAAUAAGUUUGCUUAAUGCAGACGUGCUAAUUUUGAUAAAAAGUUUUUUCAGUUAGGAUUAGAUGUUUUGUUUGGCUGCAUUGAAAUUAGACAAAACCAACUUAUUAGUAACUUUUCAGCAAGAUAUAACAGCUUGUUGAAGUCUAUAAUUCCUUAAUACUGAUGAAAAAGUACUUUUUCCAUAGGAAAUUAUUUCACUUAUGAGAUGAGAAAAAAUACUUUUAAAAAGUGAAAUAAUCUGCCAGUUGAACUCAUCCUUUUUCAACAAUACUGAAGAAUCACUAACUUAAAACAAGCUCUUAUAUCUUGCUGAAAAGUUACUAAUAAGUUGGUUUUGUCUUUAUUCAAGUAUGCUAAAAUAUUUGCACUUGAAACUAGACCAAAAUUACUUGGUAGGAUUUUGUGUUUUUGCAGUAUAGGAUGGUUCUACUUUCAUUUUUUCAUACUGAUAUCUAUUAAAGUUGAGCCUGGAUAGAUGUUUUUCCUCUUUAAUAAAUGAAAUUAUCAUUUGUAAAACUGCAUUUUGUAUUGACUCAUAUCUUCGAUACAAAAAUUUGUGGGGGGAAAAGAAGAAAUCUUAGAUAAAGAAAGGAAAAGGAACAGUGUGGCUUUCACUUCCCAAAACAUCCCAUUUCUGUUUGUGUGACUGAGAGAUGAAGAAUUAAACUUAAUAUGUUUUUGUUCUGUUUCCUGCGUUGUGCAGGUACUUUAAGGUGAGCUCACCUGGACAGAUGAAAGCGGCCGUGUUGUAUUUUACUGUAACUCAACAUCCUCCUGGUGUUUUUUCCUCCACACCAGGUUUUCUUAGAGGCUGGACUCGUGUUAACAGCUGAAUCUCUUCAUAUUGUUUGUGUUUCCUGCGUCUUGUCACUUGCUUUCGUGCCUUGUUCGGCUGCCGCCCGCAGCCGCUUCAUCAGCGACGCGCACCUGCUACCUUUCCGAUGUUGUUAGUCUCGCUCGCAUACACACGUCUAGCUGAGAGCUGUGCCUUCUGAGCUGAACGAUUACACGCGAACGCACCACAUGACGUCACACUCUGCCUUCUACUCUCUCGCUGUUGUUGCUAAUGGAGACGAUGUGAACUCAUAUCACGGUCCGUACAAAACUCCUGAUUCGGUAUUUGAUUUUUCCUUCCAGGCUGCCAGACUUUUUUUUUUUAAGUAUUUAUAAAAAUUUCGAGGAUUUAAAAAAGUCGUCUUAUUUUUUAAUCAUUCAAGCAAAAAAAAAAAAAAAAAGACUUCCAAACUCAAGGGUGUCGUCGUUUAACAGAUAAGUUAGCAUAAAAACAGUUUUAAAUCGGAUCUUUAGGCUCUUUGUUACCAGCAGCAUCUUCUGCAAACAAAAUCUUUUAAUUAAUAUGGAAACACAAACAAGUUGAUUUCCAAAAGUUUUAGCCAAUGUAUACAAUUUGACUGGAAAUCGGUGAAAGAAGUUUAGCAAACUCUGAAAAAUUAACAGCAGCAUUAAUUCAAGUUAUGUUGCUCUUAUUUUACUUGUUUAUAAAUAAAAAAACUAUUAUAUGUCAUUCUGCAAUACUUGCUCAUGACAAAGAAAGCAAAGAAACAUUUAAUAUUAUUAUCACUUAAUUUUGUUUCACCUUCUGGGGUUACACUGACUAACCUGGGUACAGCUAGCAACGCUACCUAUGCCUACGUUUUCUUAAUUUUAGAUUAGCUUAGUUUCAGUUUAGGUUAGCUUAGUUUGUGAAGUUGUGCUUACAUAAACCUAACUCAGUUUAGUUUGGCUUAUUUUAUAUAAGACUGAGUUGGUUUAGCAUAAUGUAGCUAUGCUUAACUUAUCUCAACAUGGGAAGAUUGUUUACUCCACCAAUGCUAACUUUAGCUUAGGUUAGUCUAGUUUAGCUCAACCCACCUGUGCCCCAUGUCUAAAUAGCGUAGCAUUGGUUAAUUUGUUUUAGCCCAACUAAUAUUCACUAAUAAGAGCCAAUUUAAGUAUAAUCCACUAUAUUUUUGUUGAAUUUAGAAUAGUGAAAUAGCCUACCUAUGCUUUCUUAGCUAGCUUAGCUUGUUUUGCUCAACUAUGUUUUAUUAGCUAAUUUUUGCUUAGCUUAGCCUACCCUGUGCCAAGCUAUGUUUACACCUGCAAAGUGCUUAGCCAAGGUUUUCUAAAUCUACCUUAGCUUUUAUUAUUGAAUUGUCAUAAUUAUCUACAAUGAAGACACUGAAACAGCAGAAAGCAGCUAAAACCUUUAAGAAAAACAUUGAAAAACCUUCAAAAAGUCUGGAAAAUUAUUGAUCAGAACUGAUCUUGGAAGAAUCAAAGGAAGGAACUCAAGGGUUGAAUCAGGAUUUUUAAAUUGGACUCUAAUGUGUGUUUUGUUGUUGUCAUAAUGCAGUAUAUUAAGAUACUGCAACUGAGAUGGUCUUAUUUCUGUGACACUGUAAAAAUAAGACCAUUGUAGAUAGAAAAAAAGAGUAAAUUUCCACCCAAAAAAUACAUUAUUUGAAAUUUUUAGAUACAUUUCAAAUCUUAUUGCAAAAACCAUUAAACUUUACGCUUGAAAAGUCAAAAAUUAAAAUGAAAAAAAAAUCUCAAACUUUUGUUUGAAAAGUCAAAACAAAAUUGAUAUUUGGAAAUAUUCUGACUUGAUGUUUAAAAAUGUUUCCAAAUUUGCAAGUUUUUUCUAAUACAUUUCUGAUUGCAAAUUGUUAGUUUUCCCUUGCAAAUGUUCAACAUUUUUUCUUCUAGAAAAUUCCUGAAAUUAAUCUCAAAAUUUCUGUUGUGUCUUGAAAUGUUUAAAUUUUGGAACUCACAUUUUUUACCGAAAAUUUGAGAAUAGUGUGGAAAUUUUAGUUUUUCUCUUUCAACUUUUUUUACUCUUGGAGCGCAGAAAUGUUGAAGUUUUUUUCUAUAAAUUUUCUGAGAUUAAUCUGAAAAUUUGUGAGUUUUACUCCUUCUUUCCGUCUAUAACGGCACUAGUAUGCCGUCGUACAUGUCUGUACAUCAGUAGGGACUUUAGAUUAAAAUAGAAACAUCUGAACUCAA